AUGCGUCUCGCAAGCCUCCUCGCUGCUCUCGCAGCCCUCCUAUCCUCCUCAGCAGCAGCCGCCGACCCGCCCCUGCCCCCAUGGUACCCCCUGCAGCCCUGGCAGCUCACGGCGCUGCACACGUCCAACCCGCAGAACCCGCCCUACGGCACCAACGCCACUAUUCUUGAGGUCGGCAUCGCAAACCCGAGCCUGAUCGCCGCGACCCCGGCGCCGCAUGCCUCUGGGGGUGGUUAUGUGGACUUUGCGGCUAGUGCGGCGCUUUGUGUGCUGCGGUUUAAGACGGAUGAUGUGACGCCUUGGUAUGUUGGGGAUGGUUUUCUUGUUCUGGUUAUGGAGUGCAGGGACUCGGUGUUGGAGGAGCGUGUUCUGUUAUUCCUUCUUUUUCUCUUCUUCUUCGUCCUCUUCGUCGGUGACGGCCACGCUACGAAUAGUUGCGUCGCGGCGGACGACAACGCGUCUGCGGCCUGGGAGAUGACGCUCUUGGAGAUGCAUGAGGACCUGGACCAUUACAUGAGCUUGUCGUUCGCACUGCUGUAUAAUGAGGCUUUCUACGGGACGCCGGUGUGGAAGCGCUUCAGUGCAAGUGUCACCCUGAGGGCUGGGGAUGGAGAGGCGCUGGAGGGCGGGUGCAAUGCGGGUGGUAUUUGUACUUAUGACUUGAAAAAUGGGAGUGCGCCGUUGUUGCUUCAGCCGUCGAUGACGGAGUGUAAGGGGACUUGCUCUUAG